AAUGGAGAAAGCAGCAGUGCCCGCUAAGAAGCUAGUAGGGGCCUCCUACAUAGAACAGGGCUGCAGUAGCUUGAGAUCAGCUGAUAACGCCACUAAGCACCUUAUUGAGCAGCGCCGCCUACCGCAGCGCGGCUGGUCCGACCUGAACAUCAAGCGGUGUAUCAACGAGAUGGCGCUCAUGGACUCUAACAACUUCGAUGGAAACGUAGGAGCAGGAGAGCGUGAAGGUAGAGUGUACUCAGAGUUAGUGAAACAGAAGAACUGCUAUCUAUCUCACGGGAUGGGAAGGAGUGGGGACAUCGCUGCAAACCAGCCCAAGGCAGCAGGGUCUGCACUGAUGUGUAGAAUUACUGAAGGACUGGUUCUUGAUGUGCUGAAGAGUUCAGGCUGCACUAACACUAAAAGUUGUGUAGUUUUACCUGUAGCUACUGGCAUGGCACUUCUUACUUCCUUACUAUAUCUCCGACAGUGCAACCCCAAUGGAAGUGUAGUUAUCUGGCCCCGUAUAGACCAGGGGACGUGUGUAAAGACUCCGCAAACUGCCGGCUGUCAGUUGGAGGUAGUAGAGCCGUUAUUGGAGGGAGACAGUCUGGUGACAGAUGUGGGGAGGAUAGAAGAGUUGUUACGUCACCAUGGUGACAAGGUGCUGUGCGUGAUGAGCACCACUUCCUGCUUCGCUCCUCGCACUCCAGACAAGUUAGUCCACAUUGCGGAGCUGUGUAAACGGUACAACACUGCGCACCUUGUUAACAAUGCGUACGGUAUACAGUGUACCAGAUGUAUGGGUCUCCUCAACACUGCUUCUCUUAACGGCAGGGUAGACCUGUACGUGCAGAGUCUAGAUAAGAACUUCAUGGUGCCGGUGGGAGGAAGUAUAGUGGCGGGGUUCACUAAAGAGAUAAUAUCCAGCUUAUCUCAGUCGUAUCCUGGUAGAGGGAGCAGUGCACCUAUUCUGGACCUGUUUAUCACUCUCCUGUCUAUGGGCAGAGAGGGGUUCUUUCAGCUACUUGAGGAACGGAACAAGGUGUACACGAAGCUGAAGAGGAAGUUAGAGGAAGUAGCCAGUGUGUAUGGGGAGAGAGUCCUGGAGACACCCAACAAUCAGAUAUCUCUAGCUUUUACUCUAACACCCUCUAAUUACAAGGAGAACUGCAAGCUGACAGAAAUAGGGAGCAAACUGUUUACUCGCAACGUGACGGGGGCGCGUGUGGUGACCUGCUCGGGAUCUAAAACAGUCGGCAAGAUAACACUACAGAAGUGGGGAUCACACAGCAACAAUUACCCUACUCCCUACAUCACAUUCGCUGCUGCAGUAGGCAUGACUGAGGCUGACGUGGAUAAACUGGUCGACAAAUUCGGGCAGAUACUCGCGAAACUGUCGUGUGUAGUAUCACAGGGAAAUACUGAUUAAGCCAUAUUGAACAAAUAGGUGCUUUUAAGUUAGAUUUAUUUAGCAGGGGUGAUUUUCAUUUCAUUUAUUUAAUUGUUUAACGGACACACAUAAAUGGGUUGAUGUAUUUUAAUUGUAUUAAUAAGUGUUGAUUGUUAUUUUAUGAUUGCAAUUGUAAUUAUUUAAUUUAUCAAACUUCUUAUCUACCUCUAGUUGAAGUAAGAUGAUAAGAAAGGGUAUAAGUUUGCUAGUGAAACUCAAUGCCACACUUGUUAUCAUGUUUAAGGAGGCGGAUCAACAUACCGCAAUAUUUCAACAUUUCUUUACAUAACAUUUUAUAUAAUAUUGUAUGUCAUCUGCGUCCGGUAUUAGAUGACUUGCUGCAAUUUGUUCCUAGUUUACGUUUCUUUGCUGG